GCAGAUUCUGGUGGGAUCUUGUAUAUAAUGUGGCGCAUGCUUAUUCCACCGAAGAACUUGUUAAGAACAUGAUUGGGUCGUUCAAAUACAUCGGCUAUGGCUUUGGAAACAGUGAAACCACUCCCAGUUAAUUCGCGUGUUGCUGCUACAAAAACUGCGAUUUCCACUGGUGUUGAGGGCGUCCUCGGAACGCCUUCCAUAAUUGGACCGGGUACCCCACCUGCAUCUCCAGAUUUUUGUCAUGAGGCGAGCAGGGCAGCCAAUGAUUCAACUAACAACAUUGUGGAAGAUGGGAUCGACGCAUCCGAUGAGCCUUUUGUCUCGGAAAAAGAUGACGAUUUGGAAGAAAUGAGUGCAUCAGAAGUACCAACCGCGCUGUCUUCAUCACCUCCAACAAAUGACGCUCCGUUGACGCGGCGAGAUUCGAUUGGAGCUUCUUCACACCCGAGUAAGCCACCAUUUGAAAAUCAUGCGUCGAAUCUCCUCGAAUCGUUGCCGAUUUGUGAUGGAUCUCUGUCGCAUAAUAAUGACCGUCAUGAACCUCGAAGAUUCGUGGAGAUGGAUUUGCAUCAGGGAUCUCCCGAGUUCGGAGUAUGUUCCUCACCAACUAACGAAAAGCUCAAGGUUCUUGAAAUGGAAUCUGCUGCUAUUUUACCCACGUUUGUAGGAUCUGCAGAGUUUAGGGGAGAACUCUCUAAAUCUUAUCAGAAUGUUGAGAUGGUUCUUGAUGAAAGAGAAAACUCCGCCGUGACCUCGUUCAGUGUAUCCGAAAGCAGCUGUCACAGCUUGGUGGAAAUGAUGCCAUUGCAGAAUUUCCUGAAUGUGAACGAUGACAGCCGAGACGACAGUUUCACACAGCUAGAAUGUGAUGCAUCCUGCAGCACUGAGCGUGUCGACCAACAAGAUGACGGAUCUAGUGAAGAGUCGACGUGUCUGAACUCCCCGCUCAAAUCGGUGUUGAUCAACAGGGAUUUAGAAGUUUGGAACUCGCUGGAAUCUGAUUCUAGCCAUAUCCCAUUUCCCGAGUCGAAGUUGCUGUCCACAAAUGAAGGCUAUCAAAGUUUUGGAGAUUCUCAAGAUAACACGCGUCCUCCAGAAACCUCCUGUACUAUUCAAAGUACAGAUGUGCGUCCAGAGCCCUCCUCGAUAAAGCAUGUACGAACUAACCCAAGGAGUGGAACGCGUUCCAAGGAAGACACGUCACCACGCAGCAAAGUUUUGGAUGCUUCAAAUCACAAGAAAGAGCAGUUGAAAUAUCAUGAGCCAAGGGAUAUUAGUGAGAAGGACAUAGAAGAGUGCAUUGAUCUUGUUGCCCAAGGAAAAGCGCAGGCUUAUUCAAAGUUGGAGCAACGUCUCGAAGCUAUGAUACAAAGACUAAGGCAAGAAUGUCUGAGGAAGAAUUAUAUUAAAGCUGGAAGUAUUUUUCUGAGAGACGUGUCGAACAUGACUCUCGUGGAGGAGGACGAAUUUCUAAGUCGUCCAAAACAUCACGGAAAAGAGGAGUCUAAACACAUCGUCAAGAAUAAUCCUUCUGUCUAUCAAAGGACUGGAAAAUCGGAAAAAAUUUCAUUCAAGCGCGGCUCUUCGUCGAAGGUGAAGAACGAAAGCCGUGGAAGUCUUGAGAAAUCGAUAAACGAUGACUCCCAAGCGGACAGAACAUCCAAGGUUGUCAGUGACGUCAAAGCAUCUGCACCGAUGUCGGAGAAACCAAAGAAGAAACGAAGAAAAGCCCCGCCCCUCGUCAUUGAUGGUGUAGUUGUGAAAAGAAAACCCGGCAGACCUCGGAUCCACCCGGUGCCCGAGUUUAAACGCAGACCAGGUAGACCGAAGAAGAAUUCUUUAGAAGAUGAGGUGAUUCCAAAUCCAGACUUUAGGCGCCCUGCAUCUGAAAUCAAAUCGUCAGUCCAGAUCAGUCCAGUGUACAAGAAGGAAUCAAGAGUUUUUCAGAAAACUGAAACACGUGUUGAGAACAUUGCUUCGUUCUCGGGAACUUCGAAUGCCCCUACCAUGGUUGAUCCAGGUUUAUCCAAAGGGCUCUACGACUGUGUUGUGACAGCUGGGAUAUCGUCAAACUCGCCAAAGCCAGCUGGACAAGAAUCAGACGAUUCGCUCGAUGGACUUGUGGAUGAUACACCCUUAUUGGAGCGACUAAAGAAGAAGGCAGGGAGUAAUAUAUCGUCAUCUCUAGAUCUCGGAAAAAUUCCGGAAACCGGUGAGGGUGAUCCUAACUCGCCCACAAAAUCUGCGAUUUCGGAAGAACAUUCAUCAUCAAAAAGAGCCACUCUUGCGCCACUUUCGACUUCUGAGAAACGGUUGAAGUCUCCCCCGAGAGCAUCGACGUCACGAAAAGUCUCUUCAGACCAGUCAAAAAUAACAUCUGUGAAGAAUGGAAAUCUAUCGAAAUCGCCGAAGCAGACAACCGCUAUCUCAAGUACGUCGUCGAAGGAGCCGCCAGCUUUUCGCGCUACCUCAAAACAAAAUCCUAUGCCAAAGAUGUCCGAUUCACAUAAAAAGCGCAAUGGCGAGGAUGCGUUGAUGGCCGAUGGAAAAAAUGCUCAAUCUCAACGAAAAAAGGAAACGCGCCGUGUCUCUGACAAAACUGCAUCAAAAACUCCCGAAACAGAAAUUGUACGAGAUGACUCCCCUGAUCUUGGAUCUUCGCAGUGUGCUGGUGAUAAUCCGAAAAAAAUGAGCAAGGAUGGAAGACGUAGGAGGUCAAAAGGAAGAUCCGUCCGAGAAUGUUCAAACGAUCGAAGUCCGUCACCUCAUUCGCGGUCCAGGAGACCUAUGCGGAAACGUCGUCGUCCAUCAUCGCGGUAUCGAGAUUCUGAAUCGGACGAGGCGUCGGUCUCUGACAGUGGUAGGUCUGAAAUUUCUGAAGACUGCAGUACAGACGAUGAAGGAUACACGAGGGCCUCUCGGUAUUCUCGAACACGAGCCAAAUGGAGAAGAAUAUCUGAAAAUCGUUUGGAAGAGCUUCUUGACAGCGCAUCGGUGGAAGAAUUGAAAGAAAUAAUUGUAACUAAGCUGUUCGAGAGCGAUUAUUCGUGUCCGCGGCGGCGUCGCAAAUUGAUUCGCCAUCGGCAUGAUUCUCCGCCUCAUCGCGAUCAAUGGAGCUAUGAGCAUCAAAGUUAUCGACCAGUACUCCUGGACGAACGUGCCCGACGUCCAAGAGAGAGGGCAGUUGCUUCCGGGAAUCCGCUUUACCGAGUACCUCUAGUCAUGAUCGAUUCAGAUAAUGAACAAGGCGAUAUAUCGUCACCACAGGAGAGAGUUCGCAAUGGAAGCUCCCUCUCCCGAACGUCUCCUGAGCUCGGUGUUCGGAGAAGCAUUCCUGCGUUGCCCCCGAGUGCUUCGGUGUCCAACUCUUUGUACCGGAACUCGCCUCAGUUCGCUAGUGAUUCACGUCCUCCGCCGAGGUUCACUCACGAUCGGGUGUCUGUGCCUCUUGACAGCCGUAUUCGACCGCCGGUAUAUAUUGACGACUGGGCUUGUGAUGAUCGACGAAACUACAAUUCUCCCUUAAGAGUUGGAGACUAUCCUUCUCCAAGUCGUGAAGAGUUGUAUCAUCGCUUCGACAGCCCAGAUAUGUCGGAAAGAUCAAGAAUUUCCCAUUACAGAAGUCCAGUCCCACGUUCACCGUACCGAGGCAUCAGUCGAACGAUGCGCGAAAUUUCUCCUUCCUUCGAAGAACGCACUAACGAGCGACAAGGUAUUUCUCGCGGUGAUCGACGAAGAAACAUCAGCGGAGAGUCUGCUUAUUCGUCACGGGUUUCUGCAUCAACUACGGGUAAUGCGUGCACUUCAUCCGGAACAUUCAAGCGCCCUGCUGGUCGGGAUCGAUUACGGACGACGAGUCGUACAUGUGAACAGUUUGCUGAAGGAGCCGGGUGGCAAAGGCCCGGAUUAUCUGCGCAGGUAUCCCGUCCGCAGCGUAUUAAUGCUCGUGAAUCGAAGGGGAGAGAACGCUCAAGCUGGACUGAGGUGUCAGAGGAUAAUUUCGUCUCGGAAUCUGAUGCUGAGACUGUGUUUUCUGUGGCAUCGGCGAAUCCGUUGCUCAUCAAUCUGCCGCGAUCGGAUGUUCCGACUGAAGAUAGAGUGAAUGACUUUUCGAUACCGGAGUAUCCGGUUGCGAGUGUAGAAAGAGAGAACGUCAAAUUGAUGAACGGCCGCUUCAAGCGGUUAUUCCCUGGGAAUGUUGAGCAAAAGUCGCAGAAGACCGUUGACAAAUUCCGUGCUAAUAUGCGUCUUCAGAAACGUACGAAAGCCAGCAUGAAUCGCUUAUUCAACGCACAAGAAUCUGCCAUGAUACCCGAUGAGGACGAGCCGGAAGAUCGAUUCGUCAGAGAUUCGGACAUUGACAGUGAUUGUAGCGCAGUUCCGAAUUCAUACCUUGGAAGUCGUCAGCCGGAAAGGAUCACUUGAACUUCAAGGAGAUCUUGAAGAUUUCUGUCUAGGUCAGUAAGUUGCUCUGUUUGGUGCGUUUGUUGAAAUUUUAACUCAAUUUAUUGCGCCGGACUUAUAAUCUUUUUGUAUAUUUUUUGCGUAAUGGCCUGUCAUAACGGUAAAAUAAAGUAUUGUUUUGUUAGUACUGUACUAUACUCGUGGAUACUGUUGCACGCCAGACAGAAAGCUGAGAAGAAAGGCCUGAUCAUUUUUUUUAUGCCGGGGUUUGUUCUGGCCCGAUUUUCAUUGUUUCAGUUGUUUUUAUUCGUUAAUUUUCAAACUUUAUUCAAGUCUCCGGGGAAACGGGAGUUCCUGUUCGGGAGAAUUUUUUCUCUUGAGGGUGUCUGCUAGCUGGACUAUAAUUCUGAAAAUUUUCCAAUUUUAUUUCAAAGCAUGGAAGUUUACUAUUGAUGAGCAUUCAAUAUGAAUGUUUCAUAUGCCUAAUUCCACUGCAUUAAAAUUAUGCGCAAUUAUUAUUGAGCUUUUACUUUUUCAGCUUGAAUAUCGGCUAGCAGUUUGAUCGAAACGUUUUUAGUGGUUUCUUCUUCUUUUUUAAGUUGAUGGGUGAUCGAUUUCUUUUUGGGUCAAGUGAGUUGAGAGACUUCUCGAAAUUCAUUCUCUGAAUCUUCCGACUUACGCGCAGUUUUUCAUACUGAAAAUACUGUGCGGAAGGCUGGUACCAUUGGAAGUAUUUCAAUUGCUUUCCUCAAUUUUUUCUAAGGCUAAUUAGAAGCAAAUGUUCUGUACCUCGAAGGUUUUCGACUGAUUUCGUCGGAGUUGGAACUCGUGGAGUAUUUCAAGUUCGUGACGGUCGUCCGGAUGGAAUAAGCUAAAUGCCCUGUUAAUCGUCUGAGUUCUUCGGAAUUUUUGAUUUUGAGUGUAUGUGGUUUGAUUUUUUUGUGGCCAUGAUUCCUCAUGUCGAACGCUUAUAAUUUAUUGUGGGAUGAAGUCGCGUCGCUGUUUUUCAACCAUAUUUUGAGAAAAGUAGUUGUCGGAAACUGUUCCAGUUGUGCUUAUUCUAUACGGAUUUUUUUUCAUACGUCGUGUUUCUGGUGCAUUUCUCGUCGAAUCAUUUUGGUUGGAAAAAAUCCAGAAUUAACUUUUGUCAUUGUUUACUGCAGCUUUACCCGGUCCGCUCGACAGCUUACGUUUUUUCGUGUAUGACAAAGUGUUAUCGAAAAAUCUUCUUGAAAUUUCAAAAUUUCCUUUUUUUCCGUUGCAUCGACGAACGAGCGAUUUUUGCGCCUUAUAUUCCGUAAACAUUUUCUUGGAAAAUUUAUCUUCUCAUUUCACGGAUGUACAGUGGAAAGGAAAACUAUGAUGACGCUUCUAUAAGGGAUUUGGAGUGAUUCCCACAAGGCAUCUUUCAAAUGAUAUGAAACGAACUCAAUGCGCUUGAUGUUCCUGCUGGACUCAGAACGUUUUGAAAAGCAGGAUUUUUCUGCUCGUUGAAACCAAAACGCUUUUUUUAAAUCUCAUCAUCGCUGACGCUUGAUGGAUCCCACUGACGUGGGAUUCGGGUAUGAUGUUCAUUGAAUGUGUUGUGUGGCCGAAUAGCACGGACGGUGAUCCGUGAACUAGAACAUAAAUUUGUAUGCGCUGUAAAUAGUUGGAUGUUUUGAAUACUGGUCGGGAACUCGAAAAUAAUCAUGAUUGGACGCUUUUAUUAAUGAGGACGCUUUUGGGGAGAUUCGAAAAAAUGCGCUUUUUCGAAGCUUGAGCGUGUUUCCGACGAUGAAACUGCCGUGUUGCGCCUUUUUUUGUGAGUACAAAUGAUUGUCGUUGGAUGACCGUGUGUAUAUCGAACGUUUUACACCUUUGGACCAUAAGCUUCUACUGUGUUGUUCGGAUUGUCCUACAACUCUGCAUAAUUCUGCUCCUCGAUUUCGUGGCAGUGUUAUGUCCUUCACAGUCUUACUUCGACGGGUUGCUUAUGUUGAUCGAUUUUUUUCUGUGCGUUGAGGUUUGAGAAGUUGUAAAUGUGAAGAAAUGUGUGGCUAUUUUGGAAUAGAAAUAGCUGAAUUCACCGUUUCUCACGUGGAAAUAAAGUACGAUUCUGUUAUUAAGGAAA